AUGGAUUUGCAUAAUUCGAGUCUGCGUGAUUUCGAUGUACGGAAAAUGCAGCCUCAGCCCGAUACUCGGCCCCACUACAUUUUACGACGUUACGCCGAAUUUACAUGCGCACUUUUGAUCUGCAGUCAGGCAUCAUUUCGAUGCAUCGACCCAAGAUUGCAGCGCUGUUUGAGCAAGCAGCAGGCGGAAAUCGAAAAUUUCCUUAAUCGUCUUGCCGGACAAAUGGCAAGCCCUGUACAGAAAUUGGUCUGCUUUAUCAACAACUACGAUCUUAUACUCACCAUAUUUGAGGAGCGUGCCACAUUCGAUUCGAAGGAGAAGUCUUCAUUUUGGGAAUCACAACAGAGGCGUAUCAACGAGUAUGUGGAUUUGAUGUUACGGCCACACUUCGGCGAUUUGAUUGCAUUUGUGAAUGAAUGUGAACCACUGAUUGAGCAGGGGCACAAGCAGCUUUUAACUUCUUAUUCGGGUGCCCGUUUUCAUUUCAAUAGGGUGGGGACGAUUGUGCGCAGUUUUAGUGUGAAUUGGAAAAGAUCAGUCGAUGCAGUGAACAGAGAAAUCGUGUAUUCAUUUACAAAUUUCAAAAAUGGCACAAAUAUCUUGCAGCCUCCCAAUGGAUAUGAAGAAAAAGAAGCCCAUCCAGUUUUCUGUUACUGUGAUAGGCCAACAGCAGUUUUGCUCUUUGGCAAUAAUCGGACUUCUAAACAUGAUGGCGACAGCGCCACAACCGGUAUAGCGCCCAUUUGGAAAUUUCAGUGUGUAUUUCAGGCCGCAUUCACACAGAUAGUUCAGUACUACCAUCGCUUCAGCAAGGUGCUAUCGCAUGAAGUUUUCGCUGAGAAUGCUGUUUUGAAGGAAUUAGUCAACAUUCAUCAUAUUAUGGUGGAGCUGAAGAAGUACAAACCAGUUUACUAG